AUGGGAUCCAAACAUUCAUCAUUAAAUAACAGUAAAGAUAGUAUCACUACUUUCAAUCAUAUUGGUAGAAUUAAUAAUAAUCAAUGUGGUGUUCCAGACGUUGUUUUGAGGGAGGUUGUCAGUUACCUCUCCUUCACAAUGAAACUCCAUCAAUCCAAAUGGAAUCCAUUGUCACUCUCUUUGGUUUGCUCCUAUUGGUUGAAAUUUAUUGUUUAUCGUUCACUCACCCAAUUGACAUUUUUGUCCACUUCCAACUCACUCAGCUUCUACAAUGUCACCCUCAGACGUUUUUUGGCUGAGGACGUUCACUACGAUCCAAACUCCUAUGCUUUCCUCAAGUAUUUGUCUCUACAGAAAAUCACUGUCAUCUUCCCAACCAAGUCAAAUGGAAAAUUGAAAAAAUCCUCUUCCAACACCUCGAUCGACUCUAUGGAUUCCAAAGAUGGAAGUCUCUCCAAGGCCGACGCCAAGGCCAAAUUCAGUCACCACCAAUGGGUUGAAGACAAUAAAUUGAUGCUCCAAAGUGAAUUCAUGCCAAUGGUUUCACUCACCCUUGUAAAUUUGCCACUCGAUUGCAGUCUCAAACCAUUGGUCCCAAUCAAGAUCAACAAAUUCCGUAUCUACUCCUCCUACAAUCCAAAGAAAGUAUUGGUUCUCAAGAUCGGUAGUUUGUUGGCACGUAACACCACAAUCACUCACUUCUCAUUCAAAGCACUCAGUGAUAAUAUCUACUUGAAGAAUCCACAACCAAUCCCACCAAACGUUCUUUCCUUGUCGAUCGCUGCCAAUCUCACCUACUUUGAGCCAUAUCUAUUGAACAAACCAAAUCAAGCCGAAAACCAAGAGAAGACUGCUGACAACCAACUCACCACCUCGUCCAAAUCGAAUCCAAUUAUCAAUUCCAUUAAAAAGCCAAUGAGUCUCGCCAGUCAAGCACCAAAUCUCACCAAGCUCUAUUUGUUUGACGACGUACUCUUCAAGAGCAAUUUCGAUUUGAAACCAUGUCUCUCAGAGCUUCCAAGUUUGACCGAUCUCACCCUUGUCAAUCUCUACCCAAUGCAACAAAAGUCCGAGCCAUUCUUUACCAAUCUCUCCAACUUGACAAGAUUGUCGAUCGACGGUUGCGCCCGUAUCCACAACAACCAAACCACCAUUUCCAUCUCUGCAGAGUCUGCUUUCUACAGCGAUCUCCAAUUGUUGGCCGGAUCACUCCAAACUCUCAAACUCAAGAACUUCCCAUUGAAAUUCGAGCAACUCUCACCAGUCUUGAAAUCAAUGACCAGUCUCAGAAGAUUGACACUCGAAGACGUCAACCCAGCCGAAAUGGUUCCACUAAUCACUCAAUUGGAGUCAUGCAGCAACGUCCAACGUCUCUCACUCAACUACCACGAAGACUUGCUUCCAACAAUCUGUGAGUACAUCCAGAGCAACACAGCAGUCCGUACUCUCUCCAUUUCAAACCUCCACAAGAAGGCAGCUCGUCCAAUCAUCAAGAGUUUCAAGCACAACAAGAAUAUCACCCUCCUCAAGGCCGACAACAUCAUGGAGCACUCCUCAUCCAACCAUCUUCCAAAGCACGUCUUAGUCCACAAGAAAUCAAAACAACACUAUCCAAAGCAUCUUUCAAAGACCGCUUUCAGAGAGACCAACUUGGACAGAUUCCAAUAUUUAAUUACUGAACUCAAUCAAAUUUCAUCACAAUUCAAUGAAUCUUUAGUUGGUUAA